UGUAUACAAGGAAGUAAAUAAUUAAUUUAGUGCAACUCGUUGAAGAGUUGAUAUCAUCGAAAGAAAAGAUUUUAUACUGAAACGAAUAAAAUGGAGUUAAAAAAAUUUGUCAUUUUUUUACUAUUAACAUUAACAAUAAUUUAUCACAGUGAAGGUUUAUCGGCUGGUUUAAAGACAAAUUUCGAUAUUUGUGGAUUUAAAUGUGGAUUAGGAGUUAAUGGCGCAAUUCCUAAUGCUUGUCAAUUUUCAAGACCUCCACCACAGCCCCCACGACCACUACUACGACCACUAUCUCCUCCAAUGCAAUCCAGAAAUCUAGGAGGAUGUUCACCCUGUUCAUCAAAAAUGUCACAAUUAUCUCAGAAAUUUAACAAUUUCUUAAGAAAAAAGGAAAUGUUUCUAAAACAGCUAUUCACCAAAUUUCAACCAAGACCUACAUGUCAACCAUCGUGUCCUCUAUUAUCAGUAAACUUAACGCCGACUAUUCAAAAAAUAAGAACGCCAAGUAAAACAACACAAUUAUCCUGUAAAUGUACAUCACAAAAACCUCAAGUUCGAAGUCGACCAAGCCAACCUUCCUGUAAUUGUCCACGACAGAACCCUCAAAUUCGAAUUGCACCUCGUCCAACCUGUGAUUAUACAGAAGAAUGCAGUGAAAAUUUAGACAAUAAUUUACGUUCAGUGGAUUAAUAUUGACUUUCAAUUACAUCACAUUUGGUUCAGCAGUAUUUAAUAAAAUAAUAUUAAAAACUAACAAUUGAAUUAAUUUCUUACAAUAUUAUUCUAAAGAAAUCGAAAAAAAUGUCAGGGUUCCUACCAAAAAUCUAUUUCAAAAUUUCAGGUUGAAAUUUCCUUGAAAUUUUGGAUAUAAUUUUUAUUUUAUUUAAAUUAAUUUUUAAA